AUGGAUGAAGAGGAUGAUAGAGUUCCAUUUCCUCAUGAAAAAAACCCAUUUGAAGAAGAAAAAUCGACAAGUGUAAACAAGAAGAAUAUUGAACAGAUUAAAUAUGAUUUCGAGUCAAAUAGGGAUUUCAAUAAGGACCUUGAUCUUCUGCCUCCACUGAUACCAAAAAAAGAUCCCGAUUUUCCCGUAUGUAAGCCUGAUGGAAUGCUCAUUGGCCAGAAUAACCCAUUCUUCACCGAAGAAUCUCAUCAAAAAAAGACCGGGUUACCUAACUUGAGGUACGAUAUAAUAGGACCCUACGGCAACGAGGUUAACCCUGACAUCGACACAUAUCCGCUUCACACAUCAAAGAAUAAAAAGGACGACAUGCCAGACUUUGGUUUUAAUAAGCCUAAUUUUAAUCCUAGAGGUCCGGGAGGCCCGGGAGGAUUUGGUGGUUUCUUCUAA